AUGAAAGCUAUUGACUUUAGCCAUGUAGGAGUUGGUUCAAAGUCUCAUGCUUUCAGUUUGGUGUUAUUCUCCUAUGACUUUUCCAAUUAUAUAACUUCCAUUACAACAACAGAGGCUGAGGAGAAAGAGCAACAUCAACAGAAGACUACCACUACUAGCCGUCCAACAACCACCACCCCCAGGUCAUCAACACAAUCCACAAUCUCAACUACUUUACCUCCAUUUUUAUCAUCGUGUGGCCAGCCUUUCUUUACUCCAAGUCCAAGGCGUGCAGAACCUAGGAUCAUAGGUGGAGAGGCAGCCGUGAAUCAUACGUGGCCCUGGGCUGUGAGCUUAUUAUGGAAUGGUGAACACUACUGUGGGGGUACUCUCAUCAGCCGGUCAUAUGUCGUAACAGCUGCACAUUGUUUUGUAAAUCAACGAGCAAUAUUCUAUCGGAAUUGGACGUUAGUGUUUGGUGAACACGAUUUAUCAAUUACUGAAAAAUCCCAACAGGAACGAAAGAUGAACUCAUUCACCAUACAUCCGUUUUAUGAGGCAGAGGGCGUCCUUCACGACAUAGCCCUGGUAGAGUUGAACAGACCCAUCGACUAUAACAUAUAUGUAAGCCCUGUUUGCUUACCCCAUGUUGACUAUUUCGAAAAGGCCGUUACAGAAGGGGACCCUGGAAAUAUAAAUAGUUGCUAUAUAGUUGGCUGGGGUGUUACACAGGUGAUUGGUCCGGAUCAAAAACAAAGCAACAAACUUCAGGAAUUGGCAGUUCCUAUUAUAAACCAAACCCUUUGUAAUUCUCCCUACUGGUAUGAUGGUCGGGUAAAGUCAACCAUGAUGUGUGCUGGCUAUGCAGAAGGUCGGAAAGAUGCGUGCAGCGCAGAUUCGGGUUCGCCGCUUGUAUGCUAUGUCGGAAACAGAUGGGUGUUUGGAGGGAUCAUCAGUUGGGGGAUCGGAUGUGCUGCUCCUAGGCACCCUGGGGUUUACACUAGGGUACCAAAAUAUUAUGAUUGGAUUGUGGGUAACACAGAUGUCGCUGGGGAGAAUUAUGUCAUAGAGACCCCAGUACCUACAACACCUUCUACUACAAAAAGAACAACUACCAUACCAUUUGAGGUCACCACUCUAGACCCUGGUCCUAUGGUUUCAAGGCCAUGUGGAGACAGAAAUUUAGACCAGCUCUACAGAACUCGAAUAAUCGGUGGUAAACAGGUUAUCCCUUUGUCCUGGCCAUGGAUGGUGAGCCUAUGGUACGACGGACAACACUAUUGUGCUGGCACACUUAUUAACAACUAUUGGAUCUUGACUGCUGCACAGUGUUUCAGCUACAAUAGAAACGUCCCACGCAAAUGGACAGCAAAUCUCGCCAGACACGACCUAUCAGGGAACGAUCGCCUUCAAAGGCAGAUUAAUUUUGCUGAAAUUAUAUCACACGAGAACUUUACUAACUUCCCAAUCAGUAACGAUAUAGCACUUGUACGACUAGCAACACCAAUAGCGUACAGCACAGGUAUAUUCCCCGCUUGUAUACCAUAUAUCGACCCAUUUGCUCCGGCUCUGAGGUAUGGAGAUCCUGACAAUAGGUUCCAGUGCUUUAGUAUGGGAUGGGGAAUUUAUAGUGCUAGGCAAUUUUCUACGUACAGCAAUGUCAUAAGACAGGUACAGCUUCCAAUUUUGAAAUCCAGUCUCUGUAAUUCAACUAACUGGUACAACGGUAAGGUAUCGAAUGAAAUGCUUUGUGCUGGAUAUGCAAAUGGUGGAAAGGACACGUGCACGGGCGAUUCAGGUGGUCCUUUGAUUUGUAAUCUACACAAUAGAUGGCAACAAGCAGGGAUAACUAGUUGGGGCGGCGUGUGUGCCCAAGCACGUCAACCAGGCGUUUACACUCGAGUGGCUAGCUACACUUCAUGGAUUAAUGAGACAAUGUAUAGAAUAGAUGCACUAAUGAACACGCCUUAGUUGUACAAAAAUUGUAGAACACUCAUAAUGACUGUACAUACAUGU